AUGAGACUUGCGGCAGCGCUUGGAGCGCUGCUGCUGCAGGCCGUGCCCUCGGCCGCGCAGACUACCACUACUACUGACGUGUACUACCCGACGAUCUUAAGUGCGGCGGGCAAUGUGACGGGCCUACCGGGUGGCAACGAGUUCUGCGGCUCGGCCCGCGUCCGUAAACCCUGGGGCGCCUUGACGUCCGACGAACAGGCGCUCUACCUGGAGGCCACCGAGUUGGCCAUCGCUAACGGCGGCGUGGCCGAGUUCUCGACUAUUGCUGCUGACUCACUGGGCCAGGCUCAAGGCGAAUACUCUUGCGCCUUCUUCAGCUGGCGCCGUCGCCUAUUGUUAGCCUACGAGUCCUACCUGCGCGACCUGGACGAACGGUUCGCGUGUCUCACGUUGCCCUACUAUGACGUGCACACGGCCUACAUCCAGGCGGUGAACGGUGAAUGCUCCAACAUGUUCGAGUGCAGCGGGAUCUUCGAGGCGAUCGGCGGUGCGCCCAACUCUACGGACGAGACGACGCUGGUUUUCGACGGCGUGAACGCCACGGGGUACGCCGUGAGUGGGGCGCCCUACGCUGACUCGUGCGACGACGACGACAACUGCGGCUACAUCGUACGCGACGACCUGUCCAGUAAGCCCGUGCCUAGUGCCGCUAGCUUCGGCUUCUUCCAGAGUGUUGUGGCCUCGUCCAGCGACUACGCCACGUUCCUGGAGAACAUCCAGUACGGCGUACACAACGAGGUGUUGGACGCCGUCGGCGGCGCCUUCUCCACGGCCGUCGCGUCGCGCGACGUGCUGUACUACUCGUGGUACUCGGCUCUCGACAUGUACCUACACGUGUACCACCUGUGCCGUGUCGGCGUGCCGGUCACGUACGAGCAGAUCCUCGAGUCUCUUGAGCUGUUCAGCAACGCCACACAGACGUGCGGCGGCGUGGACGGCGUGGACGCCGAGUCCGCUCUCAUCAUGAGGAUUACUGUCGACGGAGACGUCGUGGACGCCUCGCAGCACCCUACACUUGGCCAGUACUUUGGCUUCGUGGGCAGCGACAACUGGAACUACGUCGACAUCCAGCAGCUGGGAGACUACUCGUACACGUACCAGUUGCCGGAGGUGCUGCGUCAGCAGAUCUUGAGCAACAACGACGUGUGCACGGGCUUCAACCGCGCGUUCGCGGCUUCGUACACGCCGUUGAACCCCGCUGCGAUCAAGAGCACGACGACGACCAAGACGACUACCAAGACUACCACUACCAAGACUACCCGGAUCGUGAACGGCAAGAAGGUGACGACCACCAAGGUGACCAAAGUGACCACCAAGUCCAACAGCACGUCGUCGUCCUCGGCCCUGUCCACGGCGACCAGCGGCCAGCUGACGAGCCGCUAUGGAUACACGUAUCUGGGCAACUUCAGCACGGACAACGUGGCGUACGGCGAGGGUACGAUUGUCACGAACGGGUACACGGGCUACACGCCGUACUACACGAACGGCGAGAUCACGACCAAGCACAACGGUAUCGUGAGCGCCAACUACUCGAGCUCCAGCUCGUCGUCGACCACGGCCAGCACGUCGUCGCGUGUGGACGCCACGUACUCGAACAUGUCGAAUGUGGUGAUGAACGUGACGGUGGGAUCGAGGUCAGUGGCACGCAACAUCACGGCGUCCGUGGCCACGUCGGGCAGCUACUGGGCGUGGCUGCAGACGGCGUACAACGGUCUGUACACCCGCUUUGAAGGCAACUUGGACCUGGUGGCGACGCACAUGAAGCUGCUCGAGUGCUACACGUUCGAAAGCGUGUACGGUAUCUCCAACUUCACAUCGGCGUUCGUGACGGACAAGAACCUCAUCACGAACCGUGUGGAGUGUGGCCAGCGUCUGGAUCUCGUGCGCUCGGGUCUGCUGCAGAUGGCCGUGCGCUCCACGUCCUACUCGGCGUCGAGUCUGCAGUUCGCCAGCUCGACGGUGAUCCGUUCCAUCCGCACGACGUACAAGCGCGUGACUACCCGGAAGGUGACGUACAUCCGCAAGUCGUAUCUACAUAGAGUGCAGUCGAGUCUCGAGUCGACGCAAGAGUCUCUGGGUAAUAUCACGGUCACCUCGACCAGUGGCUCGGGUGACGACGCGACGUCCACGACGGUUGUGGACACUGGAUACCUGACGUCCAACACGUCGAGCAGCACGGUGCAGAGCUCCAGGAACUCUUCGGCUGUCACCACUACGAGCAGCACGACGACGACGACGACGACGGCUGCUAAUGUGUCGGAGACUUUGUCGGAGGCCGCGUCUGGAUCGACUGACCUUGAAGUUUCAGGAUCGAGCUCGACGGAGACGGGUUCACAGACGUCGGCCUCGGAAGAGGGAUCCACGGUGACGACAACCGGCUCGAACGGCGAGACGAUUACCACGACCACGACUGGUUCGGGUGCGACCACAACGACGGUCACUACUGGCUCGGGAGCUGGCGGAACUACCGGAUCGACGACCACGUCCGGAGGAUCAAGCACUUCUACGACUAACUCAGGUACGUCGACGUCGACUAACUCGGGCACUACGACUUCGACGACCACGGGCGGAACCGGUUCAACGACAACUACUGGAUCUACCACCACUACUGGAUCGACGACCACAUCGGGCGGAUCGACCACUUCUACGACGAACUCGGGUACGUCGACGUCGACUAAUUCGGGCACUACGACCUCGACGACCACGGGCGGAAGCACGACGACUAUUACGGGUCAGACGACAACCUCUACGGGCUCGAACGGCGAGACUAUUACCACGACUACCGGCUCGAACGGCGAAACGACGACGACCACUACGACUGGCUCGGGCGGCUCCAUCCAGACGACCACCACUGGAUCUGGCGGCUCGAUUGAGACCACUACGACUGGAUCUGGAGCCACGACGACGACAGUCACGACUGGAUCCGGCGAGUCGACGACUACGUCGGGCACCUCCUCUUCGACCGGAUCGCACUCGACGACUCAUACUACAACGGAGUCGUCUGCGUCGGGAUCGACUGGCACCGAGACUCCUGGCGCCACCCCAGCUGCGACGACGCCUGGCGCUACCCCUGCGGCGACUACACCGGGUGCUACGCCCGCUGCCUCUAAGCCCAGCGCCACGCCUGCCGCUACGACGGCCGGCGCCACUCCGGCUGCCUCCAAGCCUAGCGCUACCCCCGCUGCUACGACGCCGAGUGCUACGCCUGCUGCGACGACCGAGCAGUCCAAGACAUGCACCGACGUGUCGGUUGAAGGAGACGCGACGUACUGUAUUGAGGGACCGAUCUGCAGUGGCGCGGGUGACUUGCCGGCUGGCUCGCUGUGCCCGAAGAAGGGUGACGAAGCCGUGCAGGACUGCCACGACACACUGUCCAGCUACACGAACUCUAGCACUUGCGUGGCUCCUCAGGACGCCGUGUGCUUGAAGAUCAAAACGGGUGCUUGGGGAUGUGUCUUCGAGAAGGCCACGCCGGCUCCGACAACGACUGCGACGGACGAGUCGACCCCUGCUCCGACCAAGACGACCGACGAGUCGACACCCGCUCCGACCACGGCGGAGACUGGGGCCCCUACGCCUGCGCCCACCAAGACAGAGACGGAGAACAAGGCUCCUACGCCUGCACCGACCAAGCAGGAGACAGAGAUGGACAAGCCCACGCCUGCUCCGACCAAGCCGGAGACGACGACCGAUAAGCCGACGCCUGCUCCGACCAAGCCGGAGACGGAGACCGGCAAGCCCACGCCUGCUCCGACCAAGGAAGGCUCGACGCCGGCCCCGACAACUGCCGGGCCGUCCACGGAGGCUCCCACUACGGAGGUGCCGUCUACUGAGUCGCCAACGCCGAAACCUACGACCGAGACCUCGACCGACGCUCCUACGCCAUACCCAUCGACUGGCGUUCCUUCGACCGAUGGCUCAACGCCGAGCCCGACGACUGAGGUGCCUACGACGGACGCGCCCACGCCGUGCCCAACGACUGAGGUGCCUGCGGUGCCUACGACAGACGCCCCCACGCCGUACCCAACGACCGGAGUGCCAUCAACCGACGCUCCCACGCCGUACCCUACCACUGAGGUGCCGGCGACUGAAACCCCGUCCAAGACCCCGGAGGUUCCGACGAAGACCGGAAUCAAGACGGGAACUAAGACGGAGACGACCACAUCUUCUAACCACGACGACGACUACACGUGGCAACAGCAGACCCAGCAGGAGGCGCAAAGUGCCUCCUCGACCAAGACGUCUUUUGCUGCGACGACCUCGGACGCUGCCUCGACUGCCGCGACGGGAGGUGUCGGUGCCGCUGCCGUUGCCGGCAUCGUCAUCGCUGUCUGUGCGGUCGUUGCCCUCGCGGGCUUCACGGCCUACAGGAUCCGUCAGCGCCGCACUGACGACGACUUGUCCCCCAGCGGCUACUACAGUCAGCCGUCGACGCCAGUCACUCGGUCCAUCAAGCUUAGUAAAAAGUAA